AUGAACAUCACAAACAGUACUAUGGAACAGGACCGAUGUGCCGGCCAUAGUGGAACUCCUACACUGAGCUAUCCAUAUUAUUGCGCCAUUGCUAUCUGGCAACAAGGACUCAACCGGACGCAAGACCCAUACGCCGACUUGGUGAAUUGUUGCAAGAGCAACCAGUACAGCUACUACGGCGAGGAUAACUGUGCCGCUUACUGCAACGCGACCAAGGACACCCAGUCGACCCUGAUGGACUGUCUUACGGAGGGUCACCGUUUCCAGACAGUUGGUUGUAGCUCUGGGAAGAAUUCUGGAUCCGUGUCGAGCUCGGUGCCCAGCUUGAAAUCCUAUCUUAUUUUGGCUGUGGUUCUUAGCGGCCUUUGUCAACUUUGA